AUGGCUGAAAAUGAAAGAAACAUGAAUUUAGCAAAAUUCAAGGAAACAAAGCUUAAUCGCAAGUUUCAGGAUCUUUACCCAGAAGAUCCUAACAAGCUCUUUUAUAGAAACAACAAUUUUCAGCACAGAGGACUCAUCAGACCAGGCAACAUUUUUCCAGUCUUCAACAGUGCAAUUUUGACAACCCAGGAAAGUUCUGCAGUAGUGCUGACAGGAGAAGCAUCAGAUCCUCUUAAUGCUAGGAAAGUCAAGUUGGACGUAAAGGAGAAAAGAGAGAAAAAGCAGAAAGUGGAUGAGGAUGAAAUUCAGAAAAUGCAAAUUUUAGUGUCCUCCUUCUCAGAAGAACAGCUUAAUCGCUAUGAAAUGUAUCGACGCUCUGCAUUCCCUAAAGCUGCAAUUAAGAGGCUCUGGAUGUUUGUGAGAAGUGGGGUGAAAGCCCACCAUUACAGCCACGGCACAUGAGGGAAGCACUCAGACGACUCAGAUCUAAGGAGCAGAUCCCAGAUUCUAAAUACAAGCGGAUCUUGUUCAGCUAGUAUUGUAUAACCAUUGUCAUGACAUAUGUUGCUAUGAAACGUGUUUUGAAGUAUUCCAUUCCUUUCAUACACUGUUUAUUUCUGUUUUCCCUUUUAUAUUAUUGGGUCAUGUUCACACUUUUUAGUCAGUAUUUUCAUCAGUGUUUGUCAGCCAAAACAAGAAGUGAAACCUAUUGAAAAACAUAUAUUGAAAAUAUUUACACCUAUUUAGUGUUUUCGAUCCACUCCUAGUCUUAAUAUACAAAUACCGAUGCAACAUAUUGUCAUAUGAAAGUGGACUUAGGUCAUUAUGUUGAGUGUCAGUAUUGCCCUUAUUUGUUUUAUAUUGUCAUCCUUAGGGCAUUAAAAGGGUUGUCCAACCCUUUUUAUGACAGUUAUCUACCCUUUGUUGAUAUUCUGUGCAGUUCUCUAUAUUUCAUAAACCAUGCCCCCUUGCUAGGCAAAAUGUCUGUGCUGUCCACGUAUAGGUCCUGUCCAUAAGAUGGCCGCUGAAGGAGGGUUCUGUGACCAAACAUCCCUCCUCCAUUGAAACACACUGCACCUGCACUUAGCUCCCAACAGUACAAGUGCAGAUGGAAGGUGCAGUGUAUUUUAACAGAAGAGACAUCAAAUGGAGGUGAUUUGCCUGGUCACAUGACCCUCCAUCAGCAAUUUAAUGGACAAGACCUCUGUGUGGCCAGCACAAUAGACUUUGCAAACAAGGGGGAAACCUUUGCGAAAUAUAAAAAAUGGUGCAGAAUUUCAACAAAGGCAAUAUUAAUAAGUGUCAUAUAACCAUCCUACACAUUGGUCAUCACCAAAAAGUGGCCAACCCCUUUAAGGUUGGAAAAAGACAGCAAAAGUCCAUCAAGUCCAACCUGCAAUCAUGCUGUAUUGAUCCAGGGGAAGACAAAUAAAAAAAAAAAAAAUGGAAAAAACCCUAUGGGGGGAAAAAAAAUCCUUCCCGACUUCAGAUGUGAGUCAGAACAAAUUCUUGGAUCAACGUCCCUCUUCCUAUUAAGAACGGGUUGAGCUAAAGGGAAAAUGGUGUGUAGAACAUGAUUUGUAUGCAUUGUCUUGAGCCGCAAUGUUAUUUUGAAAUAAAAAGUUGUUUAAACCUC